AUGGAGGUAUCCGCCCGCGAAUGGAUUGGAUUGGACGCGAGGAUCGACGAUUCAUGGAUAACAUCUUGGAACGAGACAUGGAACGCGCUUUCCCAUCAACCAUGCGUGCGUAACGAACCCGAAGUACCACGCUCAGCGCCCGAUAGGAAUGUCGAGGUGGACGGCAACACAGGAGUGAAUAUCUACACAGCCAGCAGCAGGACCACAGAGGCGGUAACCGUGAGUGUGAUGUUGAGCGUGAGAUGGAUAGGCGGUAAGAUGGUGGCAGCUCUUCCCAACUUGAAGUCUCAGCUAGCAGCGUUCACUUCAUACGAUGAUCGGGAUCUGUUCGUGCUUCUGAAGAGCUAUUCAGGGACGGGCCGGUGUCAUCCCCUUGGCGGCUCGACCGAGGAACCCUUCCCACAGGAUAAUAUCCCUUUCCUUUCCACUAUGGUCCCAGACGCCGACGUUGCCAAGCAGUCGAAGGAACAUCACGGAACUCGACUGGAGAACAAUGGACCAGUAGGCCUUGUUUGGAGUCAUGGACAUCGAACCUUUAUGGCACGACAACGUGCUGAUUGCUUUUGUGUGCUUGUAUCAUCCGAAGGAAAAGAGUGCAUGUCUAUGUUCGAUAUACCAGGACUCAAACACUACAUCCCCACAAGAUCUUGGGUUAAGGAAUUACAGCCGUCACAAGCCUACCUUAUGAAUUACAAGAGAGAGUCUAUUGCCGACCGGGACUAUCAUCGACUCCUUGUACCACCUGAGCCGGGAAAUGUCCCAUUCUGUCCAGGGAAUUACAUCCAGGCGUUACGUUACUGGCAGAGCAGUUAUUGCGAUGCGCUCCAAGGUGCCCUGACAGAGAAUUAUCUCCGUAUUGUUGAGACAGAAGGACCAUCUAUCCCUCUGCAGAAGCCACACGUUAGUCAAGCCGAGCACCAGGACUUUGAGCAGCAGUUCAUUGCCACAGCACCCGCGCAGGUCAUCAGCGCGAAGGAGCAGGAAAAGUCUCUCUCUAGCCACGAACAGCAACCCACGGAGUUUGAAAGCUCACGAUCGCCAACACCGUUACCGCCGCCGCUAGAGGCUCAGUCAUGCAAUACCCCGUUUCAGCCACCUCCCACCAUUAUUAUUAUAGACGAGGCUGAGCUGUCUCUGAAGAAAGAUCAGAAGAGCGGGAGUAUGGAAGAACAACCGUCGGAUUUGAUCGAGAGUACAUCGGAGUCGCGUGAUUUAGCACGACAGGAGGAUAGGCCGACGAUGUCGAGAAAGACAGAGAGCGUGCAGAGCCAGGAAGGCAGUCAACUGUAG